AUGGAAUGCUACAAAAAUAGCACUGCAGAUGCUGCUCGCAAGCAAGCGGCAGCUCGUGAGCCGCCGCACCUCAUACGGAAACUUCCGCCAUCGUCUGGGAACAAAUGUACGCCCGAUGAGAUUAAGUAUACUCUCGAAGCGAGCGUCGUACAGCAGGGUCUCCUACGUCGGACCCAAAAAGCUACUCGGAACGUACCCUUCCAUCCGCUAUCUACCAUCCGCCAACCGCUACGUAGCUUGAAAAUCAGCAAGAACGUGAAUCUCCGCGUGAAGGCCUCGGAGCUACCACGUUCACCCCUGACCUACGAGGUCGAGGUCGAACUGAAGAACGGACCAUUCCUCCUGCUCGGACACCCCAUUGCGCUGGAAGUUACUAUCAAGCACACGAACGGCGAAAAAAAGGCGAUUUCACUGCAAUCUUUCCAAACUUUACUCCGUGAAAGAACAGGGAUCCGAGCCUGUGGGUCGAUACAAAGCUUUACUCGUUCGUGGGUCAUCCAGACGAUGGCAAAUCUGCGCCAGCCACUCGUGGCUGAGAACCACCCAACGGUUGGAUCCGUUCUGAAACUCGACGACAGACUAUGGAGUCGACAUUGCGUACCGGCACACCUGGGUCCCACAUUUGAAACGUGCAAUCUUGGCCGAAGCUACGAACUUGAAGUAAGACUUGGCAUCCAAUUUGGCCGGAACCACGUGAGCCGGCACGAUAGUAUAGAAGCUGAAAUAUUGGAGUUUGAAUUCCCCGCAUAUGUUUCGGUGCCCUCGUUCACGCGAUUUACGCGAUCCUAUGUUGGAGGCCCGGGGCCUAAACGAGACCGAUGUGAGAGACAGGCCCUCGAAAAGGCGUAA